AUUGUGAAAAAGCCAGGCUACGUGAAAUUCAAUGCACACGUUGGUGGUCCAUAACAUAUAUAAACCUACAAUAACACGAGGAUCACAUAUAAAACUCGCCGAGUACCAACUUUUGGGGGAAAUUAUCGUUGACACCCAUAUGGGCGUAUCAGAUCCGUAAUGUUAAUUUUAUUCGUAACAAUUGCAGUUUUUGGUUUUAUUAAAACAAUCGCUGCAAACCCCGAGGUUUGUUCUCAAAUCCCUCGCCAUUCGUUGAUUUUCGAUUGCUGCCAUCAUCAGAUUUUAUUGAGUGGUUUUGGGCCAAAAUGUAUCGAGAUCAUACAAUCAACCAAUCUUUCUCCCAUCUCAUUGUGUCUUGCCGAGUGUAUUUUCAGGCGAAGUGGCGUUAUGACCAGCAAUGAAUUUAUAUUGGACAAGGUUAAGGAGAAUGUUCAAACCAUUUUCAACCAAACGAAUACAGCUCUGUUUAUUCCAAUAUUGGGUGAUGGCCUGGAGAGGUGCUCUAAAUUCGUCACAGAAAAUAUGGACACUCCAAUUGAAGUCUAUUUGCCCGAGGAUAUGUGUGAUCCAAUACCUGCUUUAAUAGCUCAAUGUACUCUUGUGGAUUCAUUUUUAAACUGCCCAAAAGAACAGUGGGAGGAUUCUGCGGCUUGUAAUGACGUUCGCAAUUUUUUCAAGAGUUGUAAACAUCCUUUGUUUAAAUUCUAA